UCCGAGGUCUUGUGACCAAAAGCAUUGUGACCAAAUUUGAUUAAGAUUGCUUCAAAAUUGUAGAUGCUAGUGUGUAAAUAAACUAAAUGUGAAUAGACGGACGGACGACGGACAUUCAUCGAUCCAAAUAGACUGAAGGCUCAUGGUGAGCUAAAAAUACAAACAAAAUCAGAGAACAAUUUCUUCAGUCACACUUUCAGCAGGAUUAUUCAAGAUUUUCCUCAGAUGACAGACAGAUCAGUGACAUGGGAAUAUUCGGUCCUCUUGUUUAUGUAACUUCUAUAUCUUAGUCCGCUUCUUAUGUAAUUUGUAUUAUUGAUCAUAUAUGAAUCUAUUAAAUAAAAAAUUGAAUUAAGGGUUUAAUUUAUUUAAGAACAGGAGAUAAUUUUAAUCUAAUGUAAAGUCAUUUUAAUCAGUUAACUUUAAUAAAUGACACAUUAAUAGCAAGAUAAAUGCUAUAUUUAUCUAAAUAGAUAGAUAUAGACAUUUAGACAAUAGUUCAAUAGCGCUUUGUACUAUAACAGCAAAGAUAACGUCAAGUCAGCAAAUUAAUAUAGGCAAAGCAUGCAUUCACAAAACAUUAUCUAGUUGCCAAAACGCAUGUGGAUUACUUUAGAUCUUUAAAUGGCGGUCUUAGAAACUGUCCUGUGGCAUUAUUUAUCAAAAUGGUUUUGAUUACAUAUAUUUCAAAUAGUCUAAUCGUCAAAUUAACAUUUCAUUGUAUUUGUUAUAUCGUAUUGAUUGAUACAACUGUUUUAGACAUGGAAUAAUAUUUUGAUCGUUGGACACUCAUUAGAGCAUUUGGACGUAAUGGCCUGCUUAUCUAGUGAUGAUACUAUAACAGGUAAAAAUGGAAAUGAAGACCAGAAGUAUGAAGAGGCUAAAAAACUGUAUGCACAUCUCGAUGAAAUUUCCAAAUUGGACGAGGAUGAUGAAGAAGCCGGGUUUGAUGCCGAUACGUUUCAAACUUUUUUUGAUAAAGAGAACAUUGACCAUCUAUUUAAAGAUGAACUUCUUGAAAGUGUGGUCACAGAAUUCCACAGGGAUAAUGUAGCUAAUAAGGGAUCAAGUAAGCCAUGGAGUAUAAAUGGCGAAACUUUACUUCUGCGGGCGAUGUCUAUCCCAUCUGUUAACGGUAGCAACAAACAAAGAAGGUUAAACGCAAUCAUAAACACAAUUGUGAAAAACGCACCAGAAAUGGCAAUUAAAGAAAGGAAAGGUGAAACACACGGGUACAGCGGCAUAACACCAUUACAUCUGGCAAUUCUGAAACAAGAUAUAUCCAUGUUAAAGAAAAUGAGAUGUGGUUUAGAAAAGAAAGGAAAGAUAGAUACUAUAGAAACAAAUAUGAAGACUAUUGACGCUAAAGGAACAAAGUUUCAGGACACAGUUAUGAUGGCUGGGACACCACUGGGAGUUGCCGCUCUUAAAUUCAACGAGGAUAUUUUCAAAAUCAUCCUCUGGCAAUUCUUCUCCGACCUAUGCGUUACAAAUACAAAGGGAGACAAUAUCGUACAUUCCUUGAUUAAGUACGUUCAUUUACAUCCGAACUAUUUGGACGAAUCAUUGAAAAUGUUGAACUUUAUCUUAAACAGUCAAUGGAAUGAUACCCAAACACCAAUGCACCCUGGACAGGCCAGAGAUAAGACCAGACAGCUAUUAAUCUGCCAAAACAAGGAGGGACUGAACCCAUUACAGCUAGCCGCCAAACGACAACAGUACCAAAUAUUUGACCUGAUUUUAAAACACGAGGUUUAUCGUUCAACUGAUUCAAGUGAUGGGCUUUUUGACGCGGAAGAAUAUGAUGUCACCGAAAUUGAAACAUUUGCACCUGAAAAUAGAAUCACAGGCACAGAACACGAGCAUAUCAAAUCCGCUCACCACGAAUCCAUUCUGGAAUACAUAAUUACUCAUCGAACUAAUUCAGCUUUUCUAUUCGCUGACUGUCUUCCUGUAAGGGCGGUAAUCAGAAUGAAAUGGAAGUGGUACAGAUAUCUAUUUUGGUCUUGGUUCAUUUUGCAUGUAGUUUUUAUGAGCUUCCUAACUGCUGCUGCACUUCGCCGAUCAAAACUUGAGAGCUCGGCUUUUGCAAAUGGAAGUGCUCUUUUGCCCGACACAGCUGUGUACAAGAAUGUUGUUACAAACGAUGGUUUCGUUACUGCUGUAAGCGCAAUAGGCGUUGCCAUAGGUGUGGUAUUCUUGAUUUGGGAAUUUAUUAGAAGGGUUUUCAUUCGUAGAUUUCAAGCACGGACAUCUUCAGUGUGGUAUAUUCACUGUUACCGAGACUUGACUAUCCCGUAUUCCAAUACACUGUUUGAGAUUUAUUUUGUAUUAUUUUCGUUAUGUCUGGUUAUAGAUUUCGCCGUUGCAGCAGCUUCAGUACCGCAAUAUGAAAACUAUUGUUUGGUGUUUGCUGUUAUUAUAGGAUGGUACUUAGUCAUGUUUUACAUUCAGACACUGAAAGCAUUUAGCUUCUUCACGGUAUUGAUACAAAAGGUCAUUUUAGAUUUGGCAAGGUUUUUUUUUGUGAUGUCAAUAUUUCUUGUAUCAUAUUCUGCAGCCAUGUCAAUGGUUAUGCAAGGAGCCAACACGACUGAAGAUGAUUUUGAUGAUUUUGGUAAAACCAUGAUGAAAAUGCUUACUAUAAUGCUGGGUAUAGGAAAAUUAGGCAUUCUGUUUAAUGCGAGACACCCUGCUCUUGCAAUUUUCUUCUUUGUUCUUUUCGUACUUCUUACGACAAUACUACUACUUAAUGCUCUUAUAGCUUUAAUGUCGAAUUCCUGCACGGAUCUGAUGAGUAGCCAAGGUGGCGUGGUUGCAACAAAAAUGCAUUGUCGUCUGCAGAAACUGUCGGUAAUUUUAUUUCUUGAAAGCUAUAUUCCGCGUCAGCUGUGUAAGGUAGUAGGAACGGAAAGAACAACAACUCGCAGUAAAGAUGAUCAACCAGUUUGCAGAAGAUUCUGGUGCCAGAGUUCUGUGCAAAACCAAAGUAAUGCCGACGAUGACACAAAAACUGAUGAAAGAUUGACUGCUACACAAACUUUAUCUACUGUGCCAAUACCAGAAAGCGAUAAAAGAAAAGAAAAGAAGUCCAAGAAACGGAAGUCUAGCAUUCGACCAACGGAUAAACGUCUGGAAAGGCGCAUAGAAAUUAAGGACUUGGACAAUAUGAAAUGCAAUGUUUGUCUAAAUGAACAUUUGGUAGCUUCGUACACGCAGGAAAUAGUGGAAACAAAUACUUAUGUUUAAAUAUAAAUGGACAUUUAAACCAGUGAGGAGUAGAUUGUUUAAAAUAAAUUAAGAAAUAAUAUAUAGCUGCUUAACAAAAUCGAAACAACACGAUGGGGUUAUACGUUUGCGGAAUAAUUUCACGAAGGCGUAGCCCUAAUGAAUUGUAUACGCGGCGUAUAACAGAUUCGUGUAGUUGAGAUAUGUUAAAACAUGCUUUUGCUUUGCGUUAUUUCAAUUCUGAUAUGUCUUUCAUGUAAACCAGUAUAUGAAAUAGGGAAGCACUAUUUCAUGGCGCAUGUAUGUGUCGCAGGUGUGAUAGAACCCUAAACGAAUGUAAAUUAUGUAUACACUUACCGACAUAUAAGAUUGUCACGACGUAGGCCGUAUACUUACGACGUAGGCGUAUACUUACGUAUUUUUUAUGUAUACUUACCUAGCCCAUUCUUACACGUGUCCAUACUUACCUGUGUCUGUAUUUACCUAUGUCUAUACUUACCUUUAUUCAUUGAGAGUCACCAAGAUACAUAGAAUCCUAUAAUUAUUUCCUAUAUUUACCUAUCAGUAGUAAGCCGUAACAUAUACAAUAGAUGACUAACGUGACUAACAAAUUACCUGUCCUUUUAUCUGUAUUAAUAUCUUAUUAUCCCUUUGUUAUGGUAAUUAUUUAUUAUUAUUCCUAUACUUUUCAGUCAAUCGUAUCAACGUAUUAGUUUACGAUGAUAUUUUGAAAAUGUAUAGUUGUUUGGUUUUCAGAACCUAAAUAAAUUAUAUUCCAUAUAAUAUAAUAUAUUAAUAAAGGGAUUAUAUAUUGUUACAGGUGCGUCACUUUGCAUAUCUUCAAUUGCAUACAACUCAUUUAAUUAUGUUAUAUGUAUCUUGCAUUUCUGAAUAGAUGAUUAUGUUCAAUGUAUAUUCCAAGUAAUCGUCGUCGGCCAUGUUUGUUUACAUUUGCUUAUAUAUGAACGUAUUAGUUUACGAUGAUAUUUUGAAAAUGUAUAGUUGUUUGGUUUUCAUAACCUAAAUAAAUUAUAUUCCAUAUACUAUAAUAUAUUAAUAAAGGGAUUAUAUAUUGUUA